GAUCGAUCGACGUUCCACGAUUUACAUCAACCUCGAACUCGACCGCAUCGUCACUACAAUCUCCGUUUCCAUUGCCUCGUAUCACCAUUCGAUUCUGUACGCAAUGUAAAUGGAUGUUGAGAGCCGCAUACUUCGCGCAAGAGCUCCUCUCCACCUUCUCGACCUCCCUCGGCGAGGUAGCCCUGCAGCCGUCCACGGGCGGGACCUUUGUCGUCGAGAUAUUUUUCCAGUCGCCGCCGCCUUCCACCGCCAGUCCCUCCUCCUCCCUCUCCGAUCCCGCCCUCUCCGUCCAAACCCGCGUGCUCUGGGACCGCAAGACCGACGGCGGGUUCCCCGAGACCAAGGAGCUCAAGCGCCGCGUGCGCGACGUCAUCGAGCCGGGCCGGGACCUGGGGCACGUGGACAAGGACUACGCGGCUAGCAGAGCGAAGGGAAGCAGCAGUAGCAGCAGCAAUACUACCACCACCAUUAUUACUGCUACUACUACUACUCCAAAAAACAAUAAUAAUAAUAUUAAUAAUAGUGGUGGUGGUGAAAGUGGUGCUACAAUAACAGCAACAAGAGGAACCGCCCCGUCCCAAGCCGAGGACGACGAAAAUACCCUCGGCUUAAAUACCCACCCGGGGGAAACCGUCGGCGGCCCGGCGUGCAAGCCGGCCGUGGCGAGCGCGCGGACCAACGCCGCGACGCAGGAAGAGGAGGAGUGCGAGGAUUGCAAAUAGAUGAAAGAGGGAAAAGACACAAUCCAUGCAGAUGCCCUCUUCACCCUCUUCAUUCGAACCUCGGGUCCUCCGUAGCCCUUCACCACGGCCGCGUCUAGAAUCCCCAUCCUCCCCAUCCUGUGGAUUAGGAAUAGGUGGUACUAUACCAACGACGAAAGCAGAGAGAGAGACGGUUCGGUGUCGUCUAAAAGACGUCCCAGCCAGCCAGCCAGGUAGGUGGGUGAGUGAGUGAGUGCUUGGGUGGCACAUAUCUGGGGUAACUACGCGAUACCACCACUUCCUAUUGGGGGCCCGUGAGAGCGGCACAUACCAUUCUAUAUAGUUUGACCUAGGUAGAUGCCGAGGUAAUGCACGAUGUGCAUGCAUGCAGCAUGAAAGAUUAGGUAUGUAGCCAAAUGCAAAGAAAAGAAAAAAGUAAUACCUACCUCCUA